GUGAGAAUGCAGGAAGAGACCGCUUUUCUGAACAAGAGAAUUAUCUCUCAAAUAGGGAUGCCACCAGUUCCUGAAAGUUCCAGUGCAGCAAUUCCUCCUUUUCAAGAUACUGUAUGCAAUUUACAACAAAGGACAGAACCAUCUGUAGGACAACAGGCAAAGGACAUCAAUUUAGCUGCCCAGAGUGAUGGUUCAGUUGAUGCCAUCUACAAAGCAGUGGUAGAUGCUGCAGGCAAGGGGAUGCAAGUAGUCAUCACCACGGCGGUUAACAGUACCACCCAAAUGAGCCCUAUUCCAGCUCUGAGUGCCAUGAGUGCCUUUACAGCCUCAAUUGGUGAUCCAUUAAAUCUUUCCAGUGCUGUCAAUGCAGUAAUACACGGACGGAAUAUUGGCAUUUCUGACCAUGAAGAUAGAGCAAGGAACAUUGCAAGGGGGGCACGAUUAUUGAAGAAUUCGGAACACCUUAAAAAUUCCAGCGAUGGGGAUAGUUUGGAAUAUUAUAAACCAACAGGUUGCAACACACCAAAAAAACAGUGGGAAGGGGAGCAGAGCCCUGGAGGGGAGAUGAACCGAUGGAAAUGCGAGGAGGUUUUAGAUCAUUCGUCCCAUAUCCUCAGUAGCCCUUGCCACGAAAGGUCCAACAAUAUUUCCACAUUGCCAUUAGUCCAAGGCAAGCAACACCCAGUAUUAUUACCCCAACGAAAUUGUCACAGCGAUAAGAUGGUGGAGGAGAACUUCAGGUAUAGCAAUUACAAAAGAACUAUGAUGAGUUUUAAAGAGAGACUCGAGAACACUGUGGAACGAUGUGCGCACAUAAAUGGAAACCGGCCUCAACAGAGCAGAGGGUUUGGAGAGCUGCUGAAUCCUUCUAAGCAAGACCUAGGCGUGGAUGAACAGUCUCCAAGUUCCUCCAAUAGUUUUGAAAAUUCUCUGAUUAAAGACUACAUCCAUUACAAUGGAGACUUUAAUGCCAAAAGCAUUAAUGGGUGUGUGCCUAGUCCUUCAGAUGCUAAAAGCAUCAGUAGCGAAGAUGACCUAAGGAAUCCUGAUUCCCCAUCUUCAAACGAGUUGAUACAUUACAGACCAAGGACGUUUAACGUUGGGGACUUGGUCUGGAGCCAAAUUAAAGGACUGUCGUCUUGGCCUGGUAAAUUAGUGAGAGAAGAUGAUGUUCGCAACUCAUGUCAACAAACCACUGAGGAUGGGAAGGUGGAACCUGACAAGUUGAAAACACUAACAGAAGGUCUGGAAGCCUACAACCAUGUCCGAAAACGGAAUAGAAAAAGUGGGAAGCUAAAUAACCAUUUAGAAGCUGCUAUCCAUGAGGCCAUGAGUGAACUUGACAAAAUGUCUGGGAAUGUGCAUCAGAUUCCACAGGGAGACAGACAGCUGAAGCCUCCAAAACCCAAGAGGAGGAAGAUCUCUAGAUAACAUUGAAUGUCUUUGUUACUGAUCUGGCUCUUACAUAACAUGCACAUAAUUUUCAUAUAUAUAGAUAUAUAUAUAUAUAGAUAUAUAUAUAUAAUCACCACAAGGUGCUAAACAAAACAGUGGUACAGUAUUCUUAUUGCUAAAGAGGGAGAAGUUAAUCCAGAUCUUCUAAAGAUUGAAGAGUGUCUAUAAAUCCUUUUUUUCUAUAAUACUAAAAUUGUGAUUAUAAAAUUAUAGUCCAAAUGUUUCUGCAAAAUUUUCAUUAUGUACAUAGAUAAAACAGAAUUUCAUGACGAUAUCUGAAAUGUAAAUAGUGUACUAUUGUCAUGUACAAGCAUACCUAAUGCACACUUUAUCUUUUAUUGUACAAAAGAAUAGUGUACAAAAUUCUUUGGUUUCUAUUGAGUACACAUACAAGAGACUACCAAUGUAAAGUGAUAAAUAAAAAUACAGCCUAAAUGCUUUUAUAUAAUAAUGUAAAAAAUGCUGUUUUUGUAUUUAACAGCAGUGAAAAGGCAUGAUUAUGUAAUCCCCUAAUUAUGACAUAACACUUUUUGCCACUGAGUGUUCAUUUAUAGUGUCUGUUUGGAAUGAACCUGGCCUGGAAGUACUGUACUCCAUUUUGGGUCCCUGUAGGAGAGUGAAACCUUGCAGAUUCCUAAUGGGAUGUGGGAUCAUAGGUCAAAUUAAGAUAUCAAAAGCUGCAACUACCAGUUGCAUGGUUGUUGUUUUUUUAAUUGAGUUUUAAAUUAUAGUAUUGUAGAUUUUUUUAAUUAAAAAUAUUUAGAUAGACUAUUGAGUCAGCUUUAACAGAAUUUCCUAGCUACCCGCUUUGAAAUCAGAAACAUAUCAGCAUUCAUUUUUACUACCUUCCCCCCCCCAAAGCUUUUAACAAAGCCUAAAGUAGCUAUUCCAAUUUAUUUAAGCAAAGAACACAGUUUUUAUUAAAGUAUGAGAGCAAUAGCCCAAUUGAUGGAUUCAUUGUUGUUGCUAAUUGUUAGCAGUAAGAUUACAAUUUAGCAAAAACGUGUUCCUAAAUUAACUAAGGGAUUCAGUGACUAGUUGUCCUUGGAUAUUUUUACUGUAUUCAGUGGACUGGAUGAGCGUAAGCAGUUACUGAAUUCCCCUGCCUGCCAAUACCAACAGCAUUUUCCUUAUUAAUACUAAAGGUUAAAGGUGGCUUGCUAACCUAUUAGCGGCAGUGGCCAGGAUCCAAAGGACUCCACAGCUAGUUCAGUGCACCUAUAAGAUUUUUCAAAGUAUCUUUUGAACAAAAUCUCCUUUUUCCCAGUUUGGAGAUUACCAGCGUUCUUGAACCAUUGGCAACUUUCAAAACAAUUCUUUCCAAUACGGUGGAGUUCUUGUUUGAGAAAGGUAGCAAUUAGUUCAAGCCCGGUUGAAACAAAUCCAAGUCCUUGAAUGGACCUAAGGUAGUUCUUUGGAUCCCAGCCAGUGAUUUUAUCAGUAUUAUGUAACAUAUCAGAUUUAUUUUAUUUAAUAAGAAUUAUUUAUACCAUUAACAGAUUCGUAUAUAUAAAUAUAUAAAUAUAUCUUUAUAUAUAUUUAUAUUAAUGUGGCAGAAAUGUGCAGGUUGAAUCUAUUAACCAGAUUAUUUAUGUUAUGUUAAUUUUGAAAGAAAUGUGAAGCAUAUAUGUUAGAAUAUGAUAGUACACUACAGAUACAUGAACCUGAAGCUGUGAGGUUUCUCAAAAUACCCAGUGUGUACCUUUGAAAGAAAUUAUAAUGCAGUUUCAUUUUUAAUAUGGGUGCUGCAUAUAAUGGCAGUGGCCUUCCCCUCUUUUCCAAGUAUCCCAAUUCACUCUGCCUAGGCCCAAGAUGGAGUCUCCUGAGGACUACCUGCUACCUCUUCAUCUAGGAGCCACCGUUGUAUCUCAUCCUGGAACGUCAUUCCUUAAAAUGGCCUAGUUACCUCUCCUAGCAAAGAUUACUGGUAAUCAGCAGUAUCCAAGACUGAUGACAAUAAGUUUAUAACCAAAAUGUAGUGCUUAUAUGAAAAGAACUUAUCACCUGCCCAAGUUCAUGUUCUCUGGGCCCCACUCCACUUUCCAUGUGAAAUGAGCCCCAGAGGACAACAGCUUUCGGGAAACAAUUCCCCACACUCACCCAGUCAGUUCUCCUUCCCAAUACACAUGACUCUAGCAUGCAGCUAGAUCACCUCCUCUCAUCUGGACAGCUCUUAUUCCUUUGUCCACACCCCAGUCUGAGGGAAUGCAAUUAAUCACACUAAGCUACAGUGACCUGGAGACAGGAAUUCUUCCACCUUCUAUCUGAUGGGUAGGUUCAUUGUGUCUUCUAUGUGAUGGCAGGGUAGUCUCCACAAUCCUACAUGAAAGCUCAUUUGAAAUGAUACUUUGUGUAGAUCAGUUAGCACUCUUUUAUUUUUAUUUUAUUUUUUUGUUACUAGUUGAUGUGUUUGUUAUGUUUAAAGAGUUAAUGUUGUCCAUUUUUCGUACCAGCCGGCUUUCUGCUCGUGUCUAAACAGAUGUUUCUAUUCAUGAAUACUCAUGGGUGUGUGUAUGGGUGGAUGUGUGUUUAUAUUUAGUAGUUUUUUAAAGAUUCUUUUUUGUCCCUAAAACUGAAUUUGUAUUGACCAACCCUUCUUUUGACAUUUUUAACUAAUUAGGUUUGUACUCUUUUCUCACCAAUGUAUACUUUACAUUAGUAGACUAUGUAAAGUAUUUUUGUGCACUCGAUUUCAUUGGUUAAUAUUGGCAUUGAUGUGGGUGCUAGGAAUAGUUUGUUUCAGUCCAUACAGAUUUUUCCCUCCUUUUUAGAGUUUUUAUGGUUUUAUGUAAGCAGUUGAUGUAAAUAUUGUGAGCAUUACAGGUCAUGCAGUGUUGUAACAUUUUUAAAAAUGUUGCACAUACUUUACAAUUAAAAAGCUGGUCGCUCGUACUUGAAUUUGCCCAUAGAGCCAUUUCUUUCUCUUUGCAUUAAUGCAUAAAUGACUUCUUUUUUUAAAACAAACAAACAAACAAACUCAAGGCCCAACCCUAUGUUUUUGUUGUUGUUAUUGUUUAACAAAUCUAUAUUUUUCUAACAGAAGAUUUUAACAUUUAAAAUGUUUUGCCACCAUUCUAAUUUAUAAUAAUAAGCUCCUAUAUUUAGAGAAUGGGGGAAAAUACCUUCAUUUGCAAAGGUAGAAAACAAACUCAAGGCCUGAUUCUGUAACUUGGCACGAUGCAGAACCAGUGAAAUUGGGCCCCAUAAGAUGACUAGCCUCUCAUUAGCUCAAUUAGUGGAUGUUUGUGUGGUGUUUUGAGGAUAUAAAGUGGUAACUAUCCUCAUGUGUCUAUUUAUUUAUUUAUUCUUGGUCAAUUGUGAUAAAAAAUUAUAUAAAAUCAAAGAAAUUAU